CAGCUGCCAUUAACGCUUAGGGGACAUAACAAAUAAGGGGAUCGUGUUGUCCUCAGCAAGUGUCGCAUUAUCAGGAUGAUGUGUGUCGGGAAUACAAGGGAACUGGAAAGUCAGUUGUUGGUGAUAUUGCGAUCGGACACCCGCACUUGCAGCACGUACCUUGCCCUUUUAGCACAAGUUGAAGUCAUCUCAGAAGGACAAGGUACGGCAGUUCAUGUCCUUCACACAGGCAGGGGAGAGGACAGCUCUGUACUGCUUGAUGCAUAAUGACUGGAAACUAGAAGUUGCCACAGACAACUACUUCCAGAACCCAGAUUUCUAUUAUAAAGAAUCCAUGAAAACCUCAGUGGACCGCAAGAAGCUGGAACAGCUCUACAACAGAUACAAAGUUGUCUUUGCAGACCCCCAGGAUGAAAAUAAGAUAGGGAUUGAUGGGAUCCAGCAGUUCUGUGAUGACCUGACCCUGGACCCAGCUAGCAUGAGCAUACUUGUGGUGGCAUGGAAGUUCAGAGCGGCCACUCAAUGCGAGUUCAGCAGAAAAGAGUUCCUAGAUGGCAUGGCUGAGCUAGGCUGUGACAGUCCUGAAAAACUCAAGGUGAUCCUCCCCAGACUAGAGCAGGAGCUUAAAGACACAGGAAAGUUCAAAGACUUUUACCAGUUUACCUUCAAUUUUGCCAAGAACCCAGGACAGAAGGGUUUAGACCUAGAGAUGGCUGUGGCUUAUUGGAAUCUAGUUCUCACAGGUCACUUCAAGUUCUUGGAUCUCUGGAACCACUUUCUGCUGGAGCAUCACAAGCGAUCUAUUUCCAGGGACACGUGGAACCUCCUCCUGGACUUUGGCAAUAUGAUUGCAGAUGACAUGUCCAACUAUGACGAGGAAGGAGCAUGGCCUGUCCUCAUAGAUGACUUUGUUGAGUUUGCUCGGCCGAUUGUGACGGGGAGUAAGCGCAACAUGACACAGUUUAUGUCCCAGCUUCAUUAAGCAGAUGGAA